AUGCAGGGACCCUUGGAAGGAAACACAUCUCACACAGACUUCAUUUUCAAAGGAUUCCCGGGAUUUUUCCAACAUCGGCGCUUCCUGUCCAUCCCCUUCUUAAUAAUGUUUGUUGUGGCUACAGUUGGAAACUCUGUGUUAAUUUCUGUACUUAAAAGAGGAUCAGGGCUACAGUCGCCCAUGUACAUUUUAAUUGGUGCCUUAGCAGUGGUGGACCUGACUCUGCCAGUGCUAUUUGUGCCCAAAAUGCUGUUGAACUUUCUGUUUGACUGGAACAGCAUUUCGUUGCCGGGUUGCCUGGUACAGAUGUUCUUCAUUCACAUGCUCGCCUCACUGGAGUCUGCUAUCCUUCUGGUAAUGGCUAUAGAUCGAUAUGUUGCCAUAUGCAACCCAUUACGGUACAACGACUACAUCAACAUGUCAACUUUCCUGAAAGUGUCCAUCGCUGUUGUCAUUAGAAAUGGCCUUUUUAUUUCUCUCAUUGUCAUCCAGGCUGGCUCACUCUCCUUUUGCCUGUCCAAUGUUAUUGAGCACUGCUAUUGUGAACACAUGGUGCUGGUAAAUUUGGCCUGUGGAAACACAACACAGAACAGUAUAAUAGGCCUGCUUGCUAUUAUUUGCAUUUUAGGUUCAGACCUCAUGUUCAUCUGUUAUUCCUAUUGCACAAUUUUCUGUACUGUUUUGAAGGCAGCAUCAGGCAAAUCUCGGCAAAAAGCAGUUCACACAUGUGGUACUCAUUUAAUUGUCAUUCUUUUGUCAUACAGUUUAGCGAUAGGGUCUUUCCUUGUGUACCGGUUCAGAGAUGUGGUUUCUCCUGAUGUUCACAAUUUGAUGAGUGUGAUGUACGUUAUCUUUCCCUCUUGUUUCAAUCCAGUUAUCUAUGGUGUGAGAACAAAGGAGAUAAGAGAAGAGAUUCUGAAAACAGUGAAAAGGAAGAAAUCUAAUUUUAUUUCAUUUGCAGUAGUAAGCAUAAAUUGA